UUCGUGCUGAGGUAUCAGACGCGUUCGGGAGUUACACCGGAGAAUAUCUGCUGAUCUGCGUGUAAUUCAAUACCAUAUUAUAUUUUCGACGUACACGUGAGAAACUUGUUUGAAAGUAUGGCGACGGAAGUGGCGCAACUUCCCCAUUUAAAGGUCUUCGAUCGCGUAAUGGAAUUACCCAUUGUUGAGUUAGCGGUCGUCAAAUCCGCAGAAACGUAUUCCAAAGUGAAGAGUUCGUAUCAAUUGAUGAAUUGGGCUUUGAGCACGGCCGAAUUCUCACUAAGCACCGCGACAAGACAAGCGAUGCCCAUCGCCGUACCCAUUGCGAAAAGACUUGAGACUCCCAUCAAUUUCGUUGAUAAUACGUUAUGCCUUGGUCUUGAUAAAAUUGAAGAAAAAGUACCGUUGAUGAAGGAGAAACCCGCACAGAUUUUAGAGAAGGCGGUAUCAAGAAUUUCGCAUGUAAACGAUUUGAUUCUUGAACAAGCGACAAAUUUGCGAGACAUCAGCUGGAAUACGGCCAAUCAAAUACUCGAUACACGCUAUGGCAGUGUGGCCGUGAGAGGUAUAGAUAACACGGCUGUUGUCGUUGAUAAACUCAUUGACAGAUAUUUCCCCGCAACAGAAGAAGAAAAACCGAUAGACAUCAAUAUAGCUGAGGAGGAUAAACUGUUACAUACUUUACAAACGGUCGGUCACCUAUCCAAUAAAGCUGCUCGACGUGUAUACCUAAACAUAGUAAACCAUUUGAGCACUAUCAAGAAAGACGGUUUAUCCUCUUAUGUUAGCAGUUUAGUUGAGUUCCUUCGACUCACAAAGUACCUUCAUUCUGUCAAUGAAAAACCACAGGCUAAUGGUGAAGUAAACCAAGAAUCACACGACGAAAAAGAAAAGAGCGAGUAAUAAAGCAUUACUUUU